AGGGGAGAUUUAAAGGGACAGGCCCCCUAAAAAUAAACUGGGGGGGGGGAAAGGGGUGUGAGAUUUCUGGGGGGUGUCAUUAUGUUUUGGGGGAGGAUCUCUGAGGAGUAAUGCAAGGAGAAAUUAGAGGCAGGUGAAGUCUGGGAGGGCAAAGUGGGGCAGUGCCCUCCUGCCAUAGCAGGGCUGCCAUUGCUUCCUGUGUUACUGGUUAUUACUUGCAGCAUGGAGCAAACCCAGUUGCUGGACUGGGAUGGGGACCCCUAUGAGGCCCCCAAUGGAUUUGAGGACCACUCUGGGGGUGACCCCAAGCCUGUGGGGCGCCUGCACCUCCUGAGCAGCAAGUAUGGUCCUGAGAAAGAUUUCUGGAUCUAUCCAGGGGAGAACAUCAUUGGGCGCCUAGAAAGCUGUCAGAUCUGCUUGCCUGCUUCAUCAGUUUCCAAAGCUCAUGCUGUGAUCGAAGUUCCCAUCCCUGAUGGGCCCCACCUUUUGUACGACAAGGGCAGCCUAAACCGCACCCGGCGCCAACGAAUAAUCUUGAUCCCCCAAGUCCGCUACAGCCUUCAGGAUGGCGACACCUUACUCUUUGGUGACGUGGGAUGCCAGUAUUUCAUGCUAUCUCCAGAGGCUGCACCUGACUCUCCCAAUGACUCCAUGGAGGUGCCUCCCACCCAGACAAGAGUGGAUGCCAGCGUCUUGACCAUUGAGGAGACACCUAUGCCAGGGAGGAAGAUGAUGGGCUUUGGUGGAGUCCUGGUUCAGGAUUCUGACAAGGAGGAGGAAGAAGAGGAUGUAGUGAAUGGGACAGGCAGGAACCUGUCUGUCCCUACAAGAGAUGGCUCUGCUUCCUCUGGCCAAGAUGGCACUGGAGAUCAGUCCAAUUUGGCUUCCUCUGUAUUUUCUUCUCCUUCGCCUACUGUUGUGCCUGAAAGUGAUGAGGAAAGUAGAGAGCUCUCUGUCAGUGACCCACCUUGUCCUUCCCUGCGUCUGUGCUUCGAAUGUCAGGAUGCUGAAUCAGUCCCUUGUGAGAAUGGUGGUCCACCUCCAUUGGACAAAGAGCAAGAGGCUGUAGAGACAAAAGCUACAGAGGUUGAAGCGACAGGCCUCCCAGGCAUGGAAGAAGUAACAGCUGAGAGGCAGGGAACCGCUCUUUCUAUUCCUAGCCUUGUAGAAAACAUCCACUUGGACAGUGAUACUGAUGUGGAAGAUGAGGAUGGAGCAGGUCACAUGGCUAAAUCAUCCAAAGCUGCAGACUUGACAGAUUCUGACAAAGCCUUAGAAAUGGACAGUGACACAGAUGUGGAUGAACCCGUGAUGAUGGAUCCAGGUGCUGCCUGUCGGAAGAACCAUUCUUCAAUUAUUGAUGUGAGCAGUGAUACUGAUGUGGAGGAAGAAGUAGAGCCCAUAGGUGUUCCAAAGGCCCAGAAAACUGAUGAAAACAGGGACAGUGACACAGAUGCAGAGGGUGGAAUGGAGAAUUCCAGUGUUGGGUCUGAUGCUCAAAUGGAAGAUGGCUGCAAAGGUAUGGAAAAGGCAGAAGAGGAUCCACAUCCUGCACAUCCUAAAGGUUCUGAGGCUGGUGAGAAUGAAGACAGUGACACAGAUGUGGAGGAGGUCAACAGUUACACAGAAAUGAAGGCUAAAUCUCAACAAUCUAGUGAAAAUGAGAACAGUGAUACAGAUGUGGAUGACACAUCCCUCAAAGUGGAGAAUUCAGGUGAGACUUUGAAGACCCAUGAGGCUGCUCUGGUGGAUGGUGAUGGUGAUACAGAUGUGGAAAUGGCUGACUUGGUGCUGGAAAAUUCAGAUGUUGCUCAGCCCCACAGUCCUCACCCUAUAAGCUCUAAGGAGAGUGAUGCAGAUCUGGAAAAGAUCCCCCUUGAAGAGGCCAUGCAACAGGAUAGCAAUCACCUGGAAGAAGGGAAUGUUGUUGUUGCUGCUGCUGUAGGGGAGAUAAAGAACCUUAAUGUUCAACAGCAGAGCAGUGAUGAAGCUGUCAGUGAACAGUCUGAGAUCUUAGAUGAGAAGGAAAACUCUGAGAUCAUUGAAAAGCGAGCCAUCUCACCUCAGAAUCAGUCUCUGCCUGUUCUCUCUAUUGAUAGUGAUACAGAUAUGGAAGAGGAGGAGGUGAUGGAAAUUCAAGACAUGGCCUCUGAGGAGAAUCAUAAAUCCAUUGUUGCUGCGCCAAGUGGAGGAGGUCAGGGGAGCUACCCUGAGAAUCAUGAUAUUGGCUUCCAAAAUAGUCCUGGGCCAAUUGAGGUUGAGGACAGUGAUACAGAUGUAGAAGUGGUUUCUCCACCCCAUAAGGAAUCUGUGGCUCAAGACAGUGAUACAGAUGUAGAGGAAGUGACUGUACCAUUGCCAGGAAAACCCCUAGAAGAGCAGGAUACUCAGUUAUUAGUUCCUGUGAGAUCUAGCCUGAAUGGAGAGAAAUCAACUGGCUUUGCAAUGGAAGUGAGAGUCCACCAUGGACCUUGUGAAGAAGAUGAAGAUACAGACGCAGAGGGAAACAAGUCCUGUUCAGGAGAGGACAGUAACACUGAUGAUGAUCCUGACCUGGCUUUCCAGACAACACAGUAUUUUCUGUCUUCUGAGCCCUCGUCUCCCAGUACUGAAAUGCCAGGAGAUACCGCAGCAGCAGUUUCCAGUGGCAACUUGGAAGAGGAGCCCACUCAGGACUUCAGAUCCCCCACUGUUCCAGCCAGACUCCUACAUGGGAAAGAGCACAAGUCCCCAUUCAAAGAGGAGGACUCAGAUCCAGAUGCUUACACAUUGGAAGCCACUCAGCUAUUCUGUAGUGAGCCUGGGCCUUGGCAACUCUCAGAAGAACCCACACAAGCCUUUGUUGUCAAAGAGGAAGGGCACUCUGAGCAGACUACGCAGGCUGUGGUUAAAGUUUCAACCACUACGGGGCAGCAGGCCACCAGUUCCUCCAGGGACAGCACUCAACCCAUAGGACUGCCCUUUUCUCAGCCUGUCUCCCAGACAGCAGUGGAUAAAGGGGCAGAGGAAUUCAAGAAGGAAGAGGAAACACGGUCAGUUCAACCAGUGCAAAGUCUUACUGUGGGCAGCAGCCAACCCUUGACAUUGCAGGAAGUGAAGAGGGAACAAGUGUGUACAGCAAUUCCUGAAGGUGGAAGCAUCACAGGACCAUCACAGACACAAAGUGAGGCAGAUGGUGAGCUGGAAGAAAGAAGUUCAGUACCUGUGAGAGAAGCAAGAGAUAUUGAACAGGUGCCAGAGCAUUCGGAAGAAGAUCCCUCUCCACUGAAGACCUCUGCCUCUGGGAAGCAAUACAAUCUGCGCUGCUUUUCUGCUGCUUCUCCAGCUCCUGUUCCACAAGGACGAAGCCUCCGCCAUCGUGGCCAUGUGGAGUCUGGCAACACAGAAAGAUCUGAAGAACCAGCAGCCCCUGUCUCCAGACGCAGGGGAUUGCGACAACUCAGCAAUGCAGCACUGCACAUGGGAGAGCUGGAGGGAAAAACGGAACAGUCCAAAGAAGAGGAAGUGAGCCCUCAUAAGAAGCUGAAGAAUGGAGCACCAGCAAUAGCUACACGGCAGGGCCGAGCCAGGUACUUACAAAGGGAAGCUGUGGCCACAGACAAGCUGAAAGGAGAAAUGGAAGCGACUGCAGGCAGCCCAGGAACCAGAGAGCUGACAAGGCAGGAGAAACAGAGAACUGCAACACAAUCUGUGGAAGAACAGCAGCCAGAACUCCCUCGAACCCGGUCCAAAAGAUGGUCAAAUUCUUCAGUGAGCACGCCAAGCCCAAAGGGUACUGGGAAAUCUGUCAGACCUGGGCAGGACUCCCCAGCACAAUCCACACCAUCUUCGGGAAGGAGGCUACGGAGUCAGAGCACAGAGAGCAAACCGGUGGAAAUGAGAUACCCGCCUCGGAACCAAUCCCAGGCCUCCAGUGUUCAUGCUCCAAAGGUACUGUUCACAGGAGUAAUUGAUGAAGAAGGAGAGCGGGUAGUGACGGAGCUGGGUGGUUCCCUGGCUGAAUCUGUCUUUGACUGCACCCACCUUGUGACAGACCGUGUGCGUCGCACGGUUAAGUUCUUGUGUGCCUUGGCUCAAGGCAUCCCCAUUGUUACACUGGACUGGCUGGAGAAGAGUAGGCAGAAUUCCUUCUUCCUGGCACCCAAUAGUUUCCUUGUUCGUGAUCCUGAGCAGGAGAAGAAUUUCCAGUUCAGCCUCACCACAUCACUAAGGAUAGCACAGCAGGAAGGGGGCCUGUUCCAGGGCUAUGAGAUACAUGUCACACCUAAUGUCAAGCCAGAGCCUGAGCACAUGAGAGAUAUUGUUAAAUGCAGUGGUGGGACGUUCUUACCCAGAAUGCCUCGAGCCUACAAGGAAAAGCGUAUAGUGGUCUCAUGUCCUGACGACCUGCCUCGGUGUAAGCCAGCACAAGAUGCCAAAGUACCAAUUGCUAAUUCAGAAUUUAUCCUGACGGGUAUAUUGCAGCAGAAGAUCAAUUUGGAAGCCCAUCGCCUGGAUGAAGUGCGCACAUCCUUGCCUGCCAGUCCUGUUGUUCCCAUUACCAGGGCCAGCAAGAGAAGAGCUGUGGCACAAACAGCCCCCACCCCACCCACUACAGCAAAGAGACGGCACUGAUCCUGACACAUAGUGUGGAGAUGUUGCCUUAAAAAAUUGUAAAUACCUUUUUUUUGUAUCUCUCUCAAUAAAACGGUAUAAAAACGA